UUAACAAUAAUUAGAUAUGCAAUUAUUAAAAAUUCAGACAAAUUCAUAUUGUUGUCUCUGUAAGAACUUGUUCUAAUUACCAACACGUUGCUACUCAGAAUGGGAUUGAAAUCGUGGUGGAGUCGUACGUCAAAGGUCUUUGGUAGAUACAAGAAAAAAUCCGGUAAUUUCUUUAAUAAAACGCAGAAGAUUGGUUACAAUAAUUUCAUCGAAACAUUUAACUCUGUUUAUGACUCAAAAAUCAAUCCAGAAAAUGCGAAUUAUUUUAAAAUGCAAUGGACUAAUAAAGACCAAAAUAUAAAAUGUGAAGGAAUAAAACAAACCGAAAAGAUUAUCCAAAUAGUAAUUGAUGCUACUCCUACAAUUGAUUCUGCAAUGAUUCAAUUACUGGUAACUGAUGGUUCCUCGACCAUUUCGAGAAAAUUUGAAAAAAAUAUUAUCCGUUUAGAAAAAUUUCUCGAAAAUAAUGAAAUUGUUGAGAAAAAUUACAAUGCAGAAACUAUAGAAAUUAUUAAUAUGGGAUCGGAAUUAUCUGAAAUCGAUCCAACUUCAACAGAAUCUGAAUCAUGCAAAGAAGAAAACUGCGAUGAACUGAAUUCAAAAUUGUCUAAGAAAAGUGAAGAAUCAGAAAGUGACUUGAACAGAAAAAAUACAGAUUUGAGAAAUAUUAUUGAAAAGAAUGAUACUGAAAUAAAGCAAAGUUCCAGAUCUAAUAGUAUUGAAAAAGUAGAGAAGAAAAUACAAGUUUCAAAUAUAAUAAAGAAUCGAACUAUACUUGAAUCAGAAAAUCAUAAUAAAAGCUGCGAAGAAAAUAUUAAUAUUUUGCAAAAAGAAACAAUAAAUCCAUCACCAAUAAAUGAAGAUGUAUGGAAUCAAAAUUAUUUAGGAAGUUGCAGAAAUGAAGAGACUAUAUCUGAUUUCAAGUCAUUUUUAGAACUGCUAACGGAGCCGAAUAAUUUUGAAAUAUCGCCAGCAAAUAGCGAAUAAAAUGUUUAAAUAAAUAGUAAAAAUAAUUUCAAUUUAAGCAUGCUCUAAAGUUUAUAGAACUGAUAUUUAAUGGUAGUAAUUUAUCAGAAUGGAAAA